AUGUCUUCGUUUCGUGCUGCUGGACUGGUUGCACGGCAGUUGUCCAAUAGAAAUCCAUGUGUAUUUAAACAACUUGGAUGUCGAUGGCUAUCCACUUCAUCUACCUUGAAAGCUGGAGCCCCAGAAUUCUCCAGUAUUUUAGAGGAACGCAUUUUAGGACAAACAUUACAAACAAACUUGGAGGAGACUGGACGUGUCCUGAGUAUCGGUGAUGGGAUCGCACGUGUCUAUGGUCUGAAAAAUAUACAAGCGGAAGAGAUGGUGGAAUUCUCGUCUGGAUUAAAGGGUAUGGCUCUAAAUUUGGAGCCUGACAAUGUUGGUGUGGUCGUUUUCGGGAAUGACAAGCUAAUCCGUGAAGGAGAUAUUGUUAAGCGGGCAGGGGCCAUUGUCGACGUGCCUGUCGGAGUAGAGCUACUUGGUCGGGUAGUUGAUGCCUUAGGUAAUCCAAUCGAUGGAGCAGGUGCUAUCAAUACGAAAACAAGACAGCGUGUUGGAGUUAAAGCUCCAGGUAUCAUACCACGUAUUUCUGUUCGUGAACCGAUGCAAACUGGAAUUAAGGCUGUUGAUAGUCUCGUUCCCAUUGGUCGUGGUCAGCGUGAACUAAUCAUCGGAGACCGUCAGACAGGUAAAACGGCUAUUGCAGUCGAUACUAUUAUUAAUCAAAAGCGUUUCAACGACGCAGCUGAUGAAAAGAAGAAGUUGUACUGUAUCUAUGUUGCCAUCGGACAAAAACGUUCAACAGUUGCGCAACUAGUCAAACGUUUGACGGAUGCAGAUGCUAUAAAAUACACAAUCAUUGUGUCCGCAACAGCAUCUGAUGCAGCUCCGCUUCAGUACUUGGCUCCAUACGCAGGGUGUGCGAUGGGAGAAUAUUUUCGUGAUAAUGGAAAGCAUGCAUUAAUAAUUUAUGACGAUCUAUCUAAACAGGCUGUUGCCUAUCGGCAAAUGUCACUUCUGUUACGAAGACCUCCGGGGAGAGAAGCUUAUCCUGGUGAUGUGUUUUACUUGCACUCUCGAUUACUGGAAAGAGCUGCUAAGAUGAAUGAUUCCUAUGGAGGCGGUUCACUAACAGCCCUUCCAGUCAUUGAGACUCAGGCUGGUGAUGUAUCUGCAUACAUUCCAACGAACGUUAUCUCUAUAACUGAUGGGCAAAUUUUCUUGGAGACUGAGUUAUUCCAUAAAAGUAUACGACCUGCUAUCAAUGUUGGUCUUUCUGUUAGUCGUGUUGGGUCUGCUGCACAAACUAAAGCUAUGAAACAAGUUGCUGGUCGCAUGAAACUAGAGUUAGCCCAAUAUCGAGAAGUAGCUGCUUUUGCUCAAUUUGGUUCUGACUUGGAUGCAUCUACUCAAUCGUUGCUAAACCGGGUGUUCGUUUAA